AUGGCCAAGUUCUCCACCUCUAUGCUCGCGCUCUUUGCGUUCAGCUUCGCCAAUGUCGCGGUUACUAGCACGACUUUCUCUUCAGACGUCGUGCCUGCGCCCAGCUCGAGUCUUGUCGAACCUCCGGCUCCGAUCGUCACCUCGGUUGUGCUGUCUACGACGACUGUUGCUGAUGGUCCCUCGAGCGAGUCUACUUCCACUACGUGUACCACCGUUACUGUGACCACCGCCAUCACUGCCACUGUUGUUAACGGCGAGUCUACCACCGCCACGUACCUCGGUUCCGGCACCAUCGAGGACGGCUUCACGAUCCAGACCUCAAUUCCUUCUAAACUGCCCACGGGAGUCCUCCCAGUCCCAGAUAACAGCACCGUCAUCGUACCAUCUGGAACUGCGCUGCCUACCCAUGGAGCUUCCACUGUCAUGACCACUCACACCGCAGGACCCAACCACACCUCUGGAGCCAGCACCGGUGGACCCAAGCCGACUGCGAGCGCCACCUUCCCACCUGAGUUCAAUGCGGCCUCGGGUGUCAACUUCGGCUUCGCUGCUCUCGCAGUGGCGGUUGCAGCUGCUGUCUUUGGCAUCUGA